AUGGUGACCGUGGAGGAGAUUCGCAACGCUCAACGUUCCAAUGGCCCUGCCACCAUCUUGGCUUUCGGCACAGCCACUCCUUCCAACUGCAUAACGCAAGCUGAGUAUCCUGAUUACUACUUUCGCAUCACCAACAGCGAGCACAUGACUGACCUAAAAGAGAAAUUUAAGCGCAUGUGUGAUAAAUCGAUGAUAAAGAAACGUUACAUGCACUUAACUGAGGAUUUUUUGAAGGAGAAUCCUAACAUGUGUGAAUUCAUGGCACCAUCACUGGAUGUGAGGCAAGAUAUUGUGGUGGUGGAAGUGCCGAAGUUAGGAAAAGAUGCAGCAAAAAAGGCUAUAGCUGAAUGGGGACAACCGAAAUCCAAGAUCACUCAUGUCGUUUUCUGCACCACGUCAGGCGUAGACAUGCCAGGAGCAGAUUACCAGUUGACGAAGCUACUAGGUCUUAAGCCGUCUGUAAAGCGUCUGAUGAUGUAUCAGCAAGGUUGUUUCGCUGGCGGGACGGUUCUCCGUCUAGCGAAAGAUCUUGCUGAGAACAACAAGAACUCGAGAGUUCUUGUUGUUUGCUCUGAGAUUACUGCUGUGACUUUCCGCGGUCCGUCGGAGAGUCAUUUGGAUUCUCUCGUCGGACAGGCACUCUUCGGCGACGGAGCCGCUGCAAUGAUUAUCGGGGCGGAUCCUGAUUUAGCCGUGGAACGUCCGAUAUUCGAGAUUGUUUCGGCUGCUCAGACGAUUCUUCCGGAUUCGGAUGGGGCCAUCGACGGACAUCUUCGUGAAGUGGGGCUCACUUUUCAUUUGCUGAAAGAUGUUCCUGGGAUUAUUUCGAAGAACAUUGAGAAGAGUUUGGUUGAGGCUUUUGAACCGAUUGGGAUAAAUGAUUGGAACUCGAUUUUUUGGGUUGCGCAUCCGGGUGGACCGGCUAUUUUGGACCAGGUUGAGGAGAAACUCCGGUUGAAGGAAGAGAAACUCCGGUCUACUAGGCAUGUGCUUAGUGAGUAUGGGAAUAUGUCUAGUGCUUGUGUUUUGUUUAUUUUGGAUGAAAUGAGGAAGCGGUCUAAGGAAGAAGGGAAGGUUACUACCGGUGAAGGGUUGGAGUGGGGGGUUUUGUUUGGGUUUGGACCGGGUUUGACUGUUGAGACGGUUGUUCUUCAUAGUGUGCCGGUUCAGGGUUGA